CUUGUUUACCUUCACGCGCGUCGACGUCGCGUCCAUUGUUCGUGAAUCAUUUCAUGGCUGACGACGACCGUGAAUGGCUAGAAGACGAGCCUGACGAACAGAAGGAGCUACUUUUUGCACCCAAAGGGGUCACUCAUACGUUCUACCUACACCGGUCCAUCAGGCAGCCGGGCGCGCGCGAUGCAUUAAUUGAGAACAUCCAGGCCAAUGGCGGGGAGGUCGUCGACAACGAUAUCUUCGAGAUCGAGGCUGCAAACGUCCUACUCUUUGACCCGAGGCAUAUUGGACAUCCGGAGGAUGUCUUCGUCGAUGCAUAUAAGACGCACUCGGAUGUCAAGCUGCGUGAAAUGCACGUCAAAAAGUCGAACUUUAUUGGUCAUUGCAUCGACGUUGGGAGAUUUGUGUUGCAUGUACCUAGGCGGAGGAAGCCGAUGCCAGGGAUACCACCCGGUCGCAGACCCCACCGCGUAGGAUUCACAGAGGAGGAUAGGGAGAACCUUGCGAGAUACUUGGCAUACAAGGUUCCGUAUCGCGAUGCUGGAGGUCUUCUCGGCAAUACGAUCUACAAUCGAAUGUGCGCGAAGAUUCACGUUCUACCGGAUGAGUACGCAUGGACCGCUCGCCACACCCCAUCGUCCUGGCGUGAGCAUUACAAGAAAAACAAGGCUGUUAUGAAUGAGAUGAUGGACGAGAUUGUGAGGGAAGAAGGCAUUAUCCUCAAAAAUAUAGAUGAGAGGGAUCGACGGCUGAAUCGUGCACGUCCUCGUGUGGACCCGGGUCUGAUCCGCGAGGAGGAGGAGCGGCAGGAGGAGGAAGAGAUAACGGCUGGCCUAGCACGAGUCACUGAGGAGUCGGCCACCGACGAUGUGCGGCGACAAGCCGCGAGCAACCAUCGCUCCAGGAGCAGAAGGAAUGAACCAAGUCCUGAAGCUGAAGAGCAGGGACGGCAGGAGGAGGUCCGACCAGUCAGCCCAUCACUUUUCUCUGAAGAUGAAGAGCCUAUGCAAGGAGAUGUAUUCAAUGAUCCUGGGCCUUCUCUCAGUCAGCACAGUCCGGAGCCUGCUGAUGAUUAUGUUCCUCCAUCUGCGGGCCGACCAACACCGACGCACGCCACCCUCGUUGACACCCUGUCAUCUCCUCGUGCUUCGACCUCGGUAAAGGGUCGAGCUCUUGAAAAGCUCACAUCAUCUCCCCGUCACUCCCGUCACUCUCAGGCUCCCAUUGACAUUAUCGAGAUCACCGACCACGACUCGGUCGACGAUGACUUGCCGAGAAUCGAAUCACUGCACGAAGAAACACCCUCGCCCAAGAGGCGUAGAGUGAAAUCCUCUAUGCGUUCACGGCCGGUCGCCUCGUCAUCUCAACCCCGACCCCGACCUCGACCUAUUGUCAGAAAGGUCACUGCACCCCAAGAAGAUGCCCCUUAUCGUAAUUUGCGCUCGCGUUCGCGAUCUGUCGAGCCAAGGCAACAGCCGAUUAUUAGGAAGGGAAGGAAGAAGGUUACCACGCCUUCAGUGGAUCUUGGCCCUGUUUUGGAAGAGGAAGUCAGCGGAGUAAGCGCUUUCGACGAACACGAUAUCCCGGACGUGAUAUCUGUGGAGGCGCGUCCUAUAUCUGUAUCAGAACCGGAGCUUGCGGCGGUGGAGUCAGAGUCAGAGUCAGAGUGGGAACCAGACCCACAGCUGGAAGUCGAACCAAAGUUGGAGUCGGUUGAACCAGAGCUACAUUCAGAUCUCGAAGCAAAGCCAGAACCGGAGCUGGACUUGGACUCGGAUUUUUGGCUGCAGCCGCCUAAACGUACAAGGUCGAUGAUUGAUUCGGACGAUGAACAGACAGCGAGGGACCUUGGUCUUCAGGGGAGUGCCAAGGCACUGACACCACUUGGGCAAACCGUCCGACCCUCUGCUCGGCGGCGGUGGUCCACAUCGAGUGAGGAGCCGUUCCCGGUGCCUAAUACCAAGGCGAGUGCGAGGAAAGAACGCCUUAUCGAGGAGGCGAAGCGGAUGCCCUACGUUCCUCCUCCCGGGACGAGGGCUGCUAUGAUAUUGGCGCAAGGUAGCCAGUAAUUUAUCUAUUUGUGAAUCUCGACGUAUACCACAAUGUACUACUCUGCUUUUUAUUUGUAACAAUAUAAAAUUUUCAUUCAAAAUCGUAUUUAGAUAAGUAAUGCAACGUGUAAUAAAUAGUCUGUCCUAGUGUUAACGAGUAUGUACACAUCGUCCACGGUCAUAAUACAUACUCAUACAUAACGCUAUCA